AGGAACCUCCUUGUCAUCUGUUACACCGAGCUGCACAUCUGAGUCAGUGUCUGUGUUUCUGUAUUACUGUGUAUUUGUGUUGGUCGUGACCGAACUCCAAUGGUCUGGGGAGCCCGAUAUUUUGGAGCUCAGCACACAUCUGAAGGAUACGUGUCCCUGAGGAGCGAAGUGUCAACCUCGCCGUCUGAUUUUAUAUUUUCAGUUUUUCUCCAGAGUCGCGCUAAGCGGUACCUUGUCGCCGGCUGUCUAUUUUUGUUGUUUCUGUUGUUUGUCUGCCUCAUUGUGAUUUUAGAAUACCCCAAAAUGGGACAACAACUAACCACCCCCCUGAGUUUAACUCUAGAUCACUGGAGAGAAGUUAAGAGCCGAGCUCACAAUCAAUCUGUGGAAAUCAAGAAGCACCAAUGGAUAACCUUUUGUUCCUCCGAGUGGCCCACGUUUAAUGCUGCUGCGGCGGUUCCAGAUGACGUCCAAGCAGAGGGACCGGAGGUCGCUCCCUCUCCCAUUGCGGGUCGACUCAGAGAGAGGAGAGGACAGGGAGAUUCCUCACACAUCCUGCCCCUCCGACUCGCAGGAGGGGAAGGAAACCAGUUUCAGUAUUGGCCCUUCUCCGCUUCAGACCUGUAUAACUGGAAAACUCAUAACCCGUCCUUUUCCCAAGACCCGCAGGCCCUAACAGCCCUGAUAGAAUCUAUCCUCCUUACCCACCAACCCACGUGGGACGAUUGCCAACAGCUCCUGCAGGUCCUCCUAACUACGGAGGAAAAGCAGAGAGUCAUUCUGGAAGCCCGAAAGCAUGUCCCGGGGGCAGACGGGAGACCAACCCAACUGCCAAACGAGAUCGAGGCUGCCUUUCCCCUCACCAGACCUGCUUGGGAUUUCAACAAGGCUGAAGCCCGGUGACACCGUCUGGGUCCAGAGACACCAGACUCGGAGCCUAGAGCCCCGCUGGAAAGGACCCUACACCGUCCUCCUCACGACCCCCACAGCCCUCAAAGUGGACGGGAUUGCAGCCUGGAUCCACGCUUCACACGUUAAGGCAGCCGACCCUGCGCACCGAGAACCCUCGAGGGAAGGGCAAGAACAAUGGUGGCUGACCCGGACACCCAACCCCCUAAAGAUAAGACUGGUCA